AGUCAUUAGGUGGAAACGACCUCAUUGACAUGAGAGGGUGUCCACCUAACGACUCUCGUUGUUCGGACGGUGGCCUCUUUGGCAGGCAUCCGAACGACUUUCCUUCUUUGCAUUCCAAAAGAAUGACACCAUCCGCGGGACUAUAAAGGACAUGGUUCGUGCUGCCCCACACCAGGAAUAGAAACGGCGGCAGGAACAUCGUCAGACAAAAUUAGACUAAAACAUUUAUACAUUUAUACAAGUGAAUUAUUUUAAGUAUAUAUGGACAGAAACACCACCUUCUGGACCGGGCGAGGCACUGCCGCCAUUGCCCCUGAUGAAACAUCGCCACCGGCUGAAGAAACAAUGCGAUUUAACGGACAAAAGAAAAGACGACAGUGGGCCUGCUAUUUAUUCUGAUUAUAUCAUGCAUCCGACCGGCGGACUCCACACAAAAGGAAGUGUUUACAGGUUCAGCCCCCUCCAUCACAACACUGCACAUGACUUAAGGAGGAUGUCAUAUGCAUUAAGAAAGCAGAGAGAGGAAGAGAGAGGGGGGGGAGGGAGAGAGAGAGAGAGACCAGGUUUUACUGGAGUCAACUUCGACCAGCCGCUCUUCUUCUUGUGUCAUUUAAAGAUGCGAAGUGGACAAUCACUUUGGAUACAAACGCUGCUACUAACUUCUUUACAACUAUGGGAAACACUUUGGGCUUCCACGUCUCCUCUCAAUCUGCCGGCACCUAAACUCCUGAUCCGUUCGUGGUCCAGGGACUCGGUGGUCCUGGUUUGCCGGGCCUCAGGAGGCCACCGCGGGGUUCUCUUCAGACUGUUCAGAUUCAGACAGGAGGUGGACUCAAUGGAGCUGUCCCCCACUGAGGAGGUCCUCUUCACCGUCCAACGCUCAGAGGCAACACAACCUGAACUAUUCUGCUGUAUGUAUAAGAACCAGCAAGGCCUCUACAGUGCUGUCAGUCCCUAUUUGCCCAUACAACAUCCAACAGAUGUUGCCCCCACUCUGGCUGUACCCACCCUGCCACCUCCAAUCUUAUCAGUGGAGCCCCCCAGCGGGAUGGUCGAACGUGGCGACACGUUGUACUUCCGCUGUUCUGUGCCGGCUCUUCGGUCCGCCUACAAACCGAGCGCCUUCAGUUUGCUGAGGGCAGCCUCGGGGGGGGAGUCCGUGAUCAGUCAGCAUCACGACACCCGGGUGUCAAACUUGGAAUACCAAGAGGGAGUGUUCAGCGUGGGGCCUUUGAGCCAGGGAGAGGGCGGCGAGUACGCCUGCUUCUACCACCUGACUAGUGGAGAGGACGUAGUCAAUUCGACUGUCAGCAACAAGAUUCAAAUCACGGUGAAAGGUUAUCUGCCUGUACCCACCCUGGUUCUCCAACACCACACUCAAGUGUGGCAUAUGCUGUGUACGGGCUCCCCUUCGUACCCCGGUGCAGUGUUCACACUGUACCUGCCGGACAGUCGACUUCCCGUUGCCAGUCACCAUGUACCGGUCACCAGCCAUGAGACCACCUUCCCGGUGCCAGUGCAGGACACGCUGUUGGCCUUGUACCAGUGCCAGUACAGCGUCCUCUUGGGAGGGAAAUGGACUAAUUCUGAACGCAGCCGCCCGCUGGCCGUUUCCAAAGGUCUUCCUCCUCCAUCAACACCAGAUGUGUCAGCUAUAGACUGGCCUCUUAUACUUGGCUCCUUUUCCGCUGUCGUGCUCUUCCUUUGCUCGCUUGGCCUACUGCUGGUGGUGGUGCACAAACGAGGUAUUUCCGCCAGUCCACCUCUUCGUACGUACAAAUAUGUCCCUCUGUGCAUUUGUACAGCCUCAAAUGUGCUCUCUUUUCCUGAAGUCAAAGCAGCAGCUGACAAAAAGAAGAAAAGGAUGGAGGCAAAAUUUUGGACUCACGUUCACACCAAGGACCAUGUUGUUGACCUAACACUCAGGUGUACCAGCGUUACCUCCCAGGAAUGGGCCAGCGGUGACAUGGGCGCAGACACCACCUCCAGAUCCCCAAUAUGGAACUCCCACUCCACAUUCACAAACCCCAUCCAUUAGAAAUGUCUCUCGUUCAAUCGCUCUCUCUCUCUUUAGUUCUUUUCUUUAUCUCUUUGUACAUUUGUACUUUAUGAUAGUGUUUCUGUGUAGCAUCAGUUGGCUUGAAACACAGCGGGACAGGAAAAGCAAUUUCCUUACUUCCUAGUUCAUGUGGAGAGACACGCUUGUAUAAUUAGACAGGAUGUGUUGUUUGUUUUAUUUACCUGCCACUGUGACUGAAUAAAAUCUGCCCCGUUUACCUGUGAUGAUGACAUUGUGGGAAGUGUUUAUUAUUCAUCAUUAAUUGUAAUACAGUUUUUCACAAGCGCUAAAAAAAAAUACAAAUAAAUCUUCAAACUUCAA